AUUUGUUAUAUCAAAUAAUUUAGAAAAGGAAGUUUUUUUUUAAAAAGAAAAAAAAUAUACUGUUCACGUUUUCAAAAAAAAACUUGCCGUAAUAAUUUAGUAAUUUGGAGAUGACAAACACGUGACUAAAAUUGUUUAUUAUAAGGUUCUUAUUUUGCAAGUCGAUAGUUUUCUAAUUUCUAACAAUGUCGAAAUUUAUAAGUCUUUUUUUAUUUACUAUACUUGUAUUGGGACAAACGUCUCUCGCGUACAACUGUUCUGAUAUCGUGGUUGAUCGUAUUAAAUUCGAUCUUUCUGAUCUUAACAAAGUAGAGGAAAUAAUUGGAGACGUUGAAGUAACGCAUCCAACUUAUACAAGAACUAAUUAUCUGAUAAAUCCUUGUGAACCCUUGACAUACAAAGAUGAUCAAGUAGACCAAUGUGAAAACGGCACAUAUAUUUGUGAAAUCAUAAUUAAUUAUUUAAAGGAUCCUAGAGAUCCCAAAGAAUCUGAUCCUAAAAAUCGAACUAUAAGUAUUAAAUCAGUAGCUGGCGGAGAUAUAAAAGAAUCAAUAUCUUUAGGACCUGUCUUGAACGACGUUGAUUCUCACGGAAAUCUCUCAAUUAUAUUACAUGGAGGUUCUUACAAGAAUGAAUCACAACAAGCAAAUAUUACAUUUAUUUGUUCAGAGCAAAACAAAACGGCAAACAUCAUUGGCUACAAGGAGAAUACGUUAUUUAUAGAAUGGGAAACUAAGGCUGCUUGUGGAGAACGUAUUCCUGAAGAAGAUAAAGGAAUGGGCGGAUUCACUAAAUUUAUACUCAUUAUAAUUUUUAUCGUUUUAUGUUAUUUUGGAAUUGGAGCUGCUUAUAAUUAUCAUGUCUAUAAAGCACAUGGCUGGGAUUUAUUACCUCAUUUGGACUUUUGGAGAGACUUUCCAUAUUUAGUCUCGGAUUUUUUCAAAUAUCUCGUUAAUUUUAUUAGAACAGGUCGUGGCGGAUAUGCCAGGGUAUAAUGUAUAAUAUGUAUUAAUAUAUAUUGCAAAAGUUCAAUAAUAAGAGAGGUAUGUAUAUUCGUUAAUUUUUUCAGGGGCUGUUAGAAAGAUGAAUAUUUUUUCAUUAUAAUUACGUAGAUGUAUUAUUAUUAUUUUAUUAUUUUUAAUAUUUACAAUGAAAAAGAGCUGCAAAUUUAAUAAAUAAAUAAAUGAUCAUGUUAUUACAUAAUGGUAACACUAGUAUAUCAAAUUUUGAAUUCGUAUUUUUUUGGUUCCCACCCCAUGUCUUUUUGUCUUUUUAGAAAAAUUUUUUAACGGUUAAAGAUUAUCAAAUCUCACAAUUUCUCUCCCAAAGAAAUUUUAUAUAAAAAAAC